CGGCGAAGGUGGCUGCCGAAGUGGGCGGGGAGGUCAGGUGACCCUGCCGGCGUCCCAAGAUGGCGGCGGCUGUAGAGCCCGGGAGGCCGAGGGAGCGUCCGGGCUGUUGAGGUGCCUUCGCGGGGCAAGCGACGGGUCGGCCGGACCGAAGGGCGGCGGCGGAGGCACGGCCGCCCCGCGUGCAGAGCCGGGGCUGGGUGGUGCCACCGGCAGCGGCGCCGGGGGAUGCUGGUGUUGGGCAGGGCCUCUCCCUCAACUUAGGGCGGCGGCAGGCCCGCACCCCUGGUCCCUGGACCAUGGCGCUGAGGGAACUCAAAGUGUGCCUGCUGGGGGAUACUGGUGUGGGUAAAUCAAGCAUCGUAUGGCGAUUCGUGGAAGACAGUUUUGAUCCGAAUAUCAAUCCUACCAUAGGGGCAUCUUUUAUGACCAAGACUGUCCAGUACCAAAAUGAGCUACAUAAAUUCCUAAUCUGGGAUACAGCUGGACAAGAACGAUUUCGUGCAUUGGCACCGAUGUACUAUCGAGGGUCAGCAGCAGCCAUCAUCGUUUAUGACAUCACAAAAGAAGAGACGUUUUCAACGCUCAAGAACUGGGUGAGAGAGCUCCGCCAGCAUGGCCCCCCUAGCAUUGUUGUUGCCAUUGCUGGGAACAAAUGCGAUCUUACUGACGUCAGGCCGAAGAAUUCCAUCCACAGAUGCCAACCCGCCGUCUGGCGGCAAAGGCUUCAAACUCCGAAGACAGCCAUCGGAGCCAAAGCGAAGCUGCUGCUGACAACCCGGGGCCCCACACUAAUGAAGAAGCGGGUGGUCCUGGAUGUUGCAGGAGGGCCAGUUCCUGCCAUUGGCAGCCGCCUCGUGCCCUGGAGUCUUCUUCAUGCAAAAAGGACUCAGAGGAACUGGCUGUUGGGUACUCUUGGAAGACUGAAGCAGGUGUUUGUAACUGCAGACUUGUGUCGCGGACUCUGGUGUGCAAAGGGACCACAUCCUUGGCUGCUGACUAGCUGAAAGGAGCAUCUGAUGUAUGGAUGGUAGGACUGAACUGCAGGUACUUUUGUAAUCAGGAUGUCGUGUAUCAUUUGUAAAGGGAAACGAGCACUUUUGUGGAUCUUAAGGGAAAACGCUGUGGAGAUGGCCAUCUCCUUGGUCCUUGUCGCUAGUGUCAGAGUUGCAUCAUUUAAGAUGUGGAAAAUGAUCACAAGUGGAGGGACGGUUGGCCCUGGAACAGUUUCCACCAUCUCUCAAGCACUUUCAUACACAGUAAAUUAACGCCACGGCGGCGGCGGCCUGGUUCACCUCGGGUUUCCUUCCGACCCAGUAUGUGUCACCACACAUUAGUUUUAUCAUUACCUUUCUCAGUAAGCGCUCAUGGUCCAGGUGAUGGUGUAGAGAUGUUACCUGGAGUCAGUUGAGAUAAGCAGUGCUUUAAAAGGAAGAGAGAAAGAACAAAGGAAAUGAUUUUUUUGGUUUUUGGUCCAGGUAUUUGGUGGAAAAAACAAAAACAAAUGUGUGCUGCCUAGCAUAUGUACAUUUGUAGUCUAUAUUUAUGAGACCAUUGCUUAAAAUUAUAAAUUAUGUAAAUACAUUAAUAACUUUUGAAUUCCACAUUUAGUACUCCAUUUAGUCGUGCACCCACUCAUUUUUCAGCCAGUCCACAGGAGAUUUUGAAGCGCAUUCACCUUGUGCAAAAGCAUGGAGCACUUAGCUCACAGCUCCUUCCUCCUCCCCUUGCCCUUCUGCAUCCCAUCUGGAAAUGGUAAUAAAGACAUAUGCCUCCUUGACAAGCUGACCGGUCCUUGCUAGCCUGGGGCAAGUGAGAGCCUAGCACCCAGCACUCACCUGGCCUUAGCAGUAGGGAGCUCAGACCAACUGUGUUGACAGUGCUUUGCAUAGAACAGCCAGUUCGCCUCACCUCCUUUAUUCUCUCUUGCCUCUGCUAGUGCUUUGCACUCUUUUCCCUCAGGAGCCUAAUGAGGUUCUUAAUAUAAUCUAAAAAUAAAGCCCCCAAGUGAAACUGCUGGAAAUUUGUUCCUGGUCUAAUUUGGCACCCUUCCAGCCCAAGUAUUGUAAGGGAAGGAAAUUUACAAGAUUAAAUAGGAAAUGAAACAGCUUGAAUUUCAAACCAAAUUGUGUUUUCAGAGCUGUCCUUAACUAAACAGUCAAAACUUUUCAAAACAACUGUUACUACUUUGCACCCUCCCAUACAUGCUCCACAUGGAGAGGUUUUAGCAAAAGGGCAGCCCAGAUGACACAGACCUGGGUGAGGCCUCGUGAGCGUCUCAGCUGUUUACUCUUACUCAAGUCAGACUGGGAGCGCCUUGUGUGGACUCAUUGUCACCUCGUCCCUGAGCCUCCUGCGCAGCAUUAAAUUCUCACACGUGAGAAAACCCUGUGAUUUCCCAAGACUGAGCUGCUUCCACCUGCAGUGGCUUGAUACGACUUGACAUACACCUGCAGAAAACAGCACUGCUCAGCUCAUGUGGACGAGGCUGCCCAUGUGAGACCCUUUCUGUCUCAUUUCACCAAAAAACGGUAUAAAUUCAUGAUCUGAACAGUCCAGUAAAUUCUGGAAGUCGUGGGGCAUGCAGUGACUGCUGUCCUGUGGCACCUGUGACUUCUCUAGCUGAUUCCCUCUCAUGCCACAUGGAGGGAGUGACUCUGGCCAUGGCUGCAUGUCUUCCCAACAGAAUGAGCAGCAUGACUCAUGGUCAUGACCCUGUGUUCAUGUCUUUCUUGCCCACUCUGUCACCAGUCUGUCCAAGAAAUGAAGGGGGCUGCCCUGCCUGUGGUGUCGUGUACUGCUUAAUGGCAGUGGAUUGCAGCUGGGCCCACACUCCAUGGUCAGUGAACACAGGGAGGUCUCCAUGUCCUUUCUUCCUAUAAAAUGUAUAUUAAAAUGUAGGCAGACAUAGUGCUUUAUUCUGACCACAUUGUCUCUUGGUUGUUUCUUUUUUUUUUUUUUUUUUUUGAUUUUUCGAGACAGGGUUUCUCCGUAGCCUUUGGUUCCUGUCCUGGAACUAGCUCUUGUAGACCAGGCUGGCCUCGAACUCACAGAGAUCUGCCUGUCUCUGCCUCCCGAGUGCUGGGAUUAAAGGCGUGCACCACCACCGCCCGGUUUCCUGGUUGUUUCUUAAGAGAAAUAGCCAGACUCCAAAGGCAUUGAGACAUUGCUCCUCCAAAAAAAAAAUCUUUGGUUCCAAAUGAUGCAGGGCCAUUUUUAAAAACUUUGAAGACUGAACAGAAGGGGCAAGAUCUUUAAUUAACUGCCAGUGUGUAUUGAUUUCUUUCAGAGAAAUUGAAAUAAGCUCCUUGCAGGUGUCCAAUCCUAGGAGCCACUGGUCUCUCGAUCUCUUCUUUUACAUAAGUGUUUUUCUGAUUCUGUGAUAACUAAUUAACUAUCAUUUGGUGAUUAAAAGAACAUAAAGUGAGAGUCUGAUUAAGUGUCCUUCAGUGUGAACUCUGUGAGAAGUGAUUGGAGAGAAAUACCUACUGCAAGCCUUUCUGGUUCCCAAUGAAAUUCCAUUGCCUGCUUGUCAGCUGCAGCCAAGACAAGCACUGUACAUGGCAGUCGGGAGAUUUAUUCCUUUUAAAAUAACCUGGGUCCUUGUUCCCCAUUUAUGAUGAUAUUUGAAGUGCCCACCUCUUCUCAUUGUGCUCCUCUUCCUUGGAUGCCUACCCAGGUCAAAUGAUCAAGAUUUUCUUAUGAGAGACAUGGUUAUAUCAAGAGGCCAGUAUCGUUGUGAAGAUUAGCUGUUCUCUGGAUUGUUAAAUAUGUGAUGGGGGCUGGCAGUGACCCACAUUUAAUUUCAGAACUUAACCUAUAAGUCUUACAUCUGUUCCUUGUCUCCAGGGGGAAAGUGGGUUUGAGGACUUCUAAAGCUCUUAAGAUAUACAGCUGAGAGUGUUCUGUAGGUUGCUGUCACCCGGCACCCAGGGGGCUGCCAAACCAGAGGGUCUGCUGCUGUAUUUCAAGGUUCCCAUGUUUGAGUGGGUGGGUUCAGUUUGGGGUACACUGCGUGUCAGUACAUCGGCCUCCAUGUCCCAAAAGGCAAUAGUUCGCUGCCUUCUGUCUUUUCUAUUGCAAAAGAGGCUAAUGGGGUUCCGUUUAACAUUUCUCACCCAUUCAUUCAGAGACUGUGACAUGUGGACCCUCAUACUAUGUGAUCUCUGCAACUAGCCCUUAGCCACCCAUGUGUCUGCAAGACCCUGCAGGAGUCAGGAGAGAAUCCUCCUGGGGAAAGGUAGCUGGGAACCCUUAGCUCUUCUCUAACGGCCAGUCGUGCUUCAGAGCAUGGCAGCCAGACAGGUGGCUUGGACCACAGAACUUACCAGGCUCUUCAGCCUGAUUCUGGUGAGAGCAGAGUGGUCAUGGAAUCCCUUGUAAGUUCUUACUUAAAUUUAUUUUGAAGGGACAAGCAGCACAAUUUUUGUUCAUUGUUUGAUUUUUAUCAGUUUUUAAGGAAGAAAUGGGAUAUACUUUUAAGAUUCAAGCUGUUAACUAUGCCUUCAUGGGGGGGGGGGGGGGUGAUGAUAAAAGAUGUUGGUUUAAGACAACCCAUGAAUGAUUUUGAUUUUUUUUUAAUGAGGUUGACGAGAUGGCUCGGCAGGUAAAGGCACUUGCUUCUAAGGCUGAUGACACAAGUCCAGUCUCUGGAGCCCACAGGGUAGAAGGACAAUUCCACAAGUUGUCCUCUGAUCGCCACGUGUCCUCCUACACCACACACACACAAAUAAGUGUCAUAAUGUUUAAAAAAUGUUCUGUGCAGUACAUUAUCUAGAAGACAAACAGAGCACUGUGCAGUUUAGGAAAAGGAGGGUCAGGUAGAAUUUAGCCUGAGACUUAAAAGAAUGACCUCGACAGAUUUCCUGUGACGGCAGAGAUCUUGUCCAGGGAUAGAAAACCAGGCAAUCUGAUUAUCUGAUUUGCAAGAAAUGUUAAUGGAAUUCCAGGGCAUUUGUCCUGUUUUAUGUGAAAAUGAAGCUCUAAAAAAUAUUAGAAGGGUAUUACCCUUCUCAGGAGCCUUCCUUCUGCACCUCAGAAGGUGAUGAGUUAGGGGCCUACACUGAUGAAGUUCAUUAGACAUGCUGAGAAGGGCAAAUGAAUAGAGCUUGGAAUCACUGUAUUUCUCAGCUCGUCCUUCAGGAUGCUCCGAGCAUGUAGGAGUGAUUUACUAUCUGGAACUAGGACUUCCACCAGCAUAGAUCAAGUUUAAUUUGAUGGUCUGUACCAUCAGAAAUAACUAAUAUCUGUGUUCUUUCCUCUCAGAGGGUAAUCAAUUAGAGAUGUGCUAGAAUAUUUUUGGCUUCAAAACAAAAGGAUUCAGAAGUUUAAUAAAAUAGAAUCUCAGACCUUCCAUCGAUUCCUUUCAUUAUGUUGAACGUUUUAGAUAGCAAGAUUAGAAUAUAUAAAUAGUAGAUAGUAAGAUUGAAACCAUAAUGUCCAAAAAACUUGCAGGGAAAAAAUGUUUUAAUUUGCUGUGAGUUCAUUUUAUGGUGCCCAGUGCCUCAUCAAAAUGCUGCAUAAUUACAACAAGCAAAAAUCCGGGUAGGUCUCCACAGACACGACUUAAAAAGUGCCAAGCUCUGUCUCCCAAUUAAUGGGGAGUCUAAGACAGUAAUGUCUUUUUUAGAGCCUUCUUUAAUUGACAGUUUUCAAGCGUGGGUCUUAAUGUCCUCCUUAAUGGCACAGUAGAGAUGGCAAUCUGCUGCUGUCCUCGUACCACUUUUGAUUCAGGAACUGGACAGUGUUUAGAGGCAGGUUGUGGACAGCAGUCCACUGAAGGGAUUCAUCUUUACAUAGAACUAACUAUAACAUUGUCAAGGAGGCCCCCAAAGCAUCUAAAACCCAGUGUGUGCUUCAUCCACUGCUCCACAAAGCAGGGCUUUAAUUACUUGCUCAGCCAGCCUGGAGUCCUCCCCAUGCUCGCCAGCUCCAGAUCACUGCCAGACUCCUCCCAUUAUACUGUUUGCUUUUAGGGCUUGUCUUAACAUUGUUUGACCACCAUUAGCACUUGGCAUUUACACUUUAAUUAUCCAUUUCACCCCUUGGAAAAGCUUGGAAGCAAGGAUGGAGCCCCUACCUCCCAAAUCCCUUUUUGUUGUUACUACAUGGUCAUGAAAUUUUCUCAACUUGGGUCAUUCCCCCACGAUGUCAGAGAGACCAGUUAGAUUGGUGGGGGAGGAUGAGUGGCAGCUGGGUAGUCAGCAGCUGAUGCGGCUCUGUUUUUAAACCAUUGGUUGUGUUCUGUAGACAUAACUUUAUUGCCCUGGGAAGGAUCUUUUUUUUUUAAUGUCCCACUCAGUCUUUCCAUCAUUUUACAUCACAAGUCACUUAUACCAUCAUCCAUCGCUGCUCUGACCUUCAGAAAUUAUGGCCUGCCUUCCUUAUGAUCGACACUGAAUUCUUGCCUUACUCUCAUUUUCUGUGGGCUCUCCCUCAGGCACUCUGCCCCAGCGAUCUUGGCAUGUAUGGUAUGCCCUUCCCUGUGGGGUAAAGAGCCCCCAGGACUUUCAAAAGGGCAGUAGGCAGCAUGAGCCUGCAAGGCAAACACAACUGAAUGACGAAAUGGGAUCUGUUGUGGGUGAUAGGGUGGUGGACUGGAGAAUCAGCUGCACAAAGUUUGAAGGAAAGAAAACCUAAGCCCUGUACCAGCAAUCCUUUCUGCUCCUGAGAGUGCCACCCCUUGUCAAGACCCAGUGGAAGGAGUAGCGCCCUGUGCCUUUUUUAAUAGCAUCUGUAUGAAAAUCGAAUUGUUCCUGGUUUCCCAAGCCUGGUAACACUCUAAACGCCUGAAUGAAAAGCCGUGGCUUCACAAGCCUGUAUGGAUGUUUGAUGACCAUUUUUGCAGUCUGACCUUUGGCUGGGCCUAAGUCUGUGUUUUGUUUGUAAACGUUGAAGAAAGGAAACUCCACCUUUUCCUUCUCGUUGUAAGAUUUUUCUUUUGUGACCUGUUUGCAGAUGGUAAAUCUAGCAUCCUUUGGAACAGUGUUUCUUCAGCUUGACUUGUAUUGUAUGCUUUUAUAGAGUAUGGCAUGCUCCAUCACUAUAAGAUUUAUGUCAGGAGAGGUGUAAACAUUUCGUUAAUAAAAUGCUGUGUUUACAGAUGCAUGA